AUGAGGCCUCUGAGGCUGGGAGCGUCGCUCUCGCUGUUGCUGCUGCAGCUGCUGCUGCUGGCUGGCUGCCUCGCCGUGGCCGCCCGGAGAGACAAGGGGUUGGCGGGCCGUGUGGCCGAGCCUGCCCCGGGGCCGGCGGGCCGCUCGUCCGGCCGCUUCGUCAGCCCCGCGCGGCACGCGUGCAGCUGGCAGCUCCUGCUGCGCGCCCCGGGGCCCGCGGCGGGGAGCGAGCUGGCGCUGCGCUGCCGGGACCCCGCCGGCGCGCGCCAGCAGUGCGCCUACCGCGGCGAGCCGGGGCGCUGCGCCGCCUACGCCGCCCGCGGCUCGCACUACUGGAAGCAGGUGCUGGGCGGGCUGCGCAGGAAGCGGCGUCCGUGCGGCGACCCGGCUCCGCUCAAGGCUCGCCUGUGCGCAGGCAAGGAGGGCCACGGCGCCGAGCUGCGCCUGGUGCCCCGCGCGUCCUCGCCGGCGCGCCCCACUGCGGCGGGCUUCCCCCGGGACCCCAAGCCCCGGGCCGGGAGCCGCGGGCCGCCCCGGGAGCCCGCCCCCGGCUCUGCCACAGCGGCCCGCCUUCCCGCGAGCACGUCUCCCAGGGGGAAGCCCUCUGAGAAGUCCAAAGCCGGCAAGAGGAAGGCGGCCGCCGACCCGGGAGUGGAGCGACCUCUGGGGACCCCGCCCGAUCCCGACGGGUUGGACGAGAACGCGAAGCUCACGGAGACCUACUGCGCUGAGAAGUGGCACUCCCUUUGCAACUUCUUUGUCAAUUUCUGGAAUGGCUGA